AUGAACGCCACGUCAUCGUCGUCGUCGCCGGCGAAGGAGGUCAAGCACCGCAAGGUGGGCAUCCCCAAGUUCCUCCGGUACCUCUACCAGAUGCUCGAGACGGAGGACCCGGCGAUCAUCGCGUGGGCGUUCGAUGGCUCGUCGAUCCAGAUCCUCGACCUCCACGCGGUCGCCAACGUCGUCUUGCCCAAGUACUUUAAGCACUCCAACUACGCGAGCUUCCAGCGCCAGCUCAACUACUUUGGCUUCCGCAAGUGGACCAAGAGCCAAACCAACAUUUGCACGUUCAGCCACCCCGAGUUCCGACAGAACCGCCCGGACCGUCUCUGCCUCAUCAAACGCAAGAACCGUCCCGAGCGCUCCAACGUGCAGGCGCGCCGCCAAGUGCCGCCGUCCUUUGCCUCGCCCGGCCCGUGGACCAUGGACGAGGGCACGCGCCACGGCGAGGCAUCGAAGGCGCAGGCCAUGACGACGGCAACACUGCCCAAUGCAAGCCGGUCAACCUCAUUCCCGCGGGCCCAGCUCUCGCCGACGCUCCCGAACAGCGUGCUCUUCAACGACUUUCACGGUCUGCCUUUCAUGCAGGCGUACCGCGCGCCGCCGCCACCGACGCCCAACGUCUUUACGUUUCCAUCGCCGCCCGACGACCAGAAUUCCGGCCGCGCUGGCAACACGCCCGACCACAUGUGGUACUACUACACCGGCUGA